AACUAUUUAAUUUCAUAAGAAAAUUCAUUUUGUGUUAUUAAUAAAAUAAUAAUAAAAUCAGUGACGAUGUUACGUUUAUCGUGCACGUUAAUUCUUUGCGGAUACUUUGGUAUUUACGCCGAGGAAUGUUACGACGAUGGGAAUGAAUUUUGUAUCGAUCAAAAUGACAUACUGGCCGUGGAUCUAUUGCCUGGAUCACUUUUACUCAUGGAUCAAUUAUCGAAAUUUCGUAACGGAUCGAACGACGGGGUUAAAAUGAUUUCUGACGGAUCGUUCUUCAAAGCUUUUGAUUCCAUGGAUUAUCACAGAAAGAGAAUGAACGAAUAUUUGUGUCACGGUUUCGUGGCAGAAGAAAUUUUUAAGGAGGUCGGACCAACCAGAGUGAAACGUCGUCCUCAGUUGCCGUCGGAAACGUCAUUGAUUGAUUUUUUGGGCGAAGAAAAUAUUACAGUUCACGAUAAAUUGUUAUCGGACGAAGGAAGCUCAAAGUAUAAGGAUUGGCUACAGAGAACAACAACGCUCGAUGACAUUUAUCGUCAUUACGCGCCAAGAAGAAGAGGAACGAAGAGUAAAGAUGUUCGACGCGAUGAUGAAGAUGACGAUGAGCUUGAUGACUUCGAUGGCGAGGUGACUGGGUACGUCCUGCCAGCACGACUGCCGUCUGGUAAAAUUGGUAAUAGCUUCGAUUUCCACGAAGGUAAUGACAAGAUGGGUUUCAAUGAAUUAGAAUUUAAAAUAAUUGAAAUUCCAUUCGAAGAUCAUCUGACGUCACCUGCAGGGCACAAUUUUCAUCACGGUGAUUAUAUCGGUCAUCACGCUGACUUCUAUCCUGCCAUUCACCAAGAGGAGUAUUACUAUACUGCUCCGAAUCAUCAUGACGACGAUCAUCAUUAUUAUCAAAGACCUUCCUCAUACGGUAAAGGAAAGGGCCAUGAUCUUUCGAUAAAAGACUUUUUUGAAAUUGCCUUAACGGCUUUGGCAUUUUUGGCCUUUGGGCUUUUCGUCAUUCAAUUGCUGAUUAACGUUACGAACGUCACGACCGUGACUGCUGCUUCUCUUCUCCAAGCAGACAUCGACGGGACGCGUUACAAACGCCAUGCAACGACUCGAUCGUCAUUAUCGUAUUCCGGUAACCAGGAACUGAAUGAACUUUCCUUCAGAGUCUUGCGCUCGAUAGAAGCUGCGAUAAUCGCCAAUCAGGAUACAGGAAAUUGUCUCAGGCGAACGCUCUGCGUGGACAACAGACUUUCCAAAGAAUACGCAACUGGUCAGAGAAUCUGGGUUCCGGUGUGGAGUCUGGGUAUGAGCUGGAUUUCUGGCAGAGUACUGGACAAAUCACCAUGGUCGGCAAUGUUGGACUCUGUAAAAGCUUCGGUCUUGGGACUUGGUGGUGCAGAUUGCGAAACUCUGUAUCCGAACUGUGACCUCAAGAGGGAGAGAAUCAAGAGGCGUCGACGUCGAAGGAAAUGAAUGAGAAUAUUUCAGACACUAUAUAUAAUAUACGUUGAGCAACAAGGAUUUAAUUAAUUUAAUUAAUAUUAUUUUCAA